AUGGCCCCGACGACGACAGGCGAGGAGAACGAAAACACAAACACAAACCGCAACGCAUGGCGACCCUCGAAGUCUCGUCUCCGCUACCAGGUUCUCCAGCAACGCGAGAAUUUCGAGCACUGGGCCGAAUGGCGCGACGAUAUUGUCCAUCACGAGCGUGAACAGGAUCGUUUGGCUGCUGCUAAGCGUGAACGCGCGCUGCGUGAUCGUAUGCCGAAACAUGCUCAUAAAGCCUCUGUUGAAUUUCCUCAGGGACUUGGACAUGGGAUGAUGGGUCGAGCGUGGCAGAUUCUUGGUAUGCAGAAUCAGAAUCAUCGGAAGAAUGGUUCGGUGAGUAUGCCUGCCGCGGAUGGGUUGGAGAUUGUGUCCUCGGACUAG